AUGACAUUGAUUAAACAAUGUACUAAAAAAGCCAGUGGCAGACGAUUUUCAGAUGAAGAAAAAUUAAUAUCCAUGGCAAUAAUGAAACAGAGCCCAAAGUGCUAUCGAUUUCUGCACAAAAUAUUCAUUUUACCAUCAAAGUACACUUUGAAUAAAAUGAUAGCAGAAUUAAAUAUAGAAGCUGGGAUAAAUGCCCAAAUAUUUGAAGCGAUAUCACAAUUCAUUUUGCCAAUUUUGUUGAUUUUGCAAAUGGCAAGUCAAAAUUGGCAGCAACCUCUGGCCUUCUACUUUUGUAAAGGGGCCACAUCAGGGGUGGAACUAAAAAUAUUAAUUGAGAAAAUAAUCACUGCUGUGGCCAACACAGGCCUUAAACCAGUUGCUGUAGUCUGUGACCAAGGCACUGCCUUUCAAGCUGCCUUGAAGGGCCUCCAAGAAGAGACAAGGCGUAAUCAAAUAAUUGCUGGUAUUGAAAUUGGUAUUUAGAUCAAAAUUCCCAGUAUAUGUCAACUAUAGAAGUGAAAUGUCGCCUGACACUAAACUGUAUACUUUUUUUCAGAUGACGUGAUUGCUGUUGCUGGACAUUCUCUAAGUGUGAUCCAUGAACCUCCUCGCCUUCUAAAAGGCUUGAGGGAUAAUUUUUUAACUAUUAAUAUAAAAUAUGAAAAUAAACUUUCUAAAUGGAGUGACAUCAUAGAAGUCUACAAAACUGACUGCCAACAUGCUCAAAUGAGACUGUUGAAUAAAUUGAAUGAUGGGCAUGUUAUUCCAGAAAAAAUUAAAAAAAUGCGGUGAAAAAUUGCACCAGAGUUUUCAGCAAGACUGCACGCAAAAUGGACCCAAUUAAGCGGUCUAAUUGCGGGAAACAGGAGCCCUUUACCAAAGACAGUAGCUGCAACAUUAUCAUACACGGCACAAUUCUAUGGCAAGGAAGUAAGCUCAACUCUCAAAAAUACAGCAGAGCUAAUUUCAUUUUUUGACGAGCUCUUCGACUCUGUCAAUGGAUCUUCUUAUAGCAGAAAGUCUAAAGGAUUGACGAGAUCCAUCAAUAUCUUGGCGUUCCCAGUGUUCAGUCGGAAAUUGAUAAAUUCAAAAGGAAAUACGCUGAUCGCCUCUCGGUUCACCAAAUACCCUGGCUAAUGAUCUCCUAAUCCGUCCCAGAGCGAUAAAAAGGCUGAAAAGGAAGUAUGUGUUAUAGGAAGGCAGAUGAGACACUGGUCUCUUCGUCUAAACGUCAUACUCACCCAACUCAUCCGCUUAUAGUCUUGUCAGUCACAAGAAUCGCAGAUCCGGCUUAGAUAAGAAAAAAAAAAUCUCACUCUGUCUUCUUCUAUUGACCUAAGUCAGAAUGAGAAAAAACACUCCUAAGCGGCUGUUUAAAGUUAGCGGACCAUUAUGAAUAAGGGGUUAAAGCUCAUCAAUGCAAUGUUAUUAAAAAUAUAAAUACUGUUAUAAAAUCUUAAGUAUUUGUUUGACUUCUUAAAUUGGGAGCUACACAUAAAGAUGUUGUCAUUGAAUCUUUUUUAACAUUAACUUUAAAAUUAACGGUAUUUAAUUGGUGCAAUGCAAUCAAUAAAAUACUAAAAGGCAUAGAUGUUAUCAGAUUAGGAAAUAAAUCUUUACCUCAAAUGCAAUUAAAAGCUUAUAAUAAGUUUAAAAGGAAAAUGAAAAAUGAAAUAAUAUAA